AUGGUAAGCUUCGUCUUGAAGUGGGAGUUUGCCAAGCAGGCAACUGAGGUGCCGGCAAUAUUGGGCCCCAGCGGGGACCUGGGUAUGCUGGUAGAGGCGCGCACAGAAGGCGAGGACAACGUCUUCGGGGAAGCAGAGUACGCUGCCAUCAACUCCAUGUUGGAGCAGAUCAACUCCUGCCUGGACCACCUGGAGGAGUAGAAUGAUCGCCUCCAUGACCUGCAGGAGAUGCUGGAGUCCAACAGGCAGACACAAUUUGAGUUCCAGCAGCAGCUUGGGGAGGCGCCCAGUGAGGCCAGUCUCUAG